AGGGUUUUCCGCUUCAUAUAUUUAAGAGCAAUCGGGGAGGCAUGGUUCUAGGGUUUCCAUUUGCACUUGCUUCCUGCUUCGACAGCCGCUUCUACGUCGUCGGUAACCUAAUGGCCAAGCGCACGAAGAAGGUCGGCAUUGUCGGCAAGUAUGGAACGCGAUAUGGUGCCAGUCUGCGUAAGCAGAUUAAGAAAAUGGAGGUGACCCAGCAUAGCAAGUAUUUCUGCGAGUUCUGUGGCAAGUAUGCAGUGAAGAGGAAGUCUGUUGGUAUUUGGGGAUGUAAGGACUGCGGGAAGGUCAAAGCCGGUGGUGCCUACACCUUGAACACCGCAAGUGCUGUGACGGUUAGGAGCACCAUCCGAAGGCUGAGGGAGCAAACAGAGAGUUAGAGCGACGGAUGGGAUUGUUUCGCUCUUCUCAUGUCUUAUCCAACCCAUGUGAAACUAUAGGAAAACUUGUCUUUGUUGUUGCUCUUCUAGUCCAUUUCUGGGAACUGAAUUUGAUGAAAGUGUCUCUCUGUUCGCAUGAAGGCAGGAUUUUGUUCGUCUUUUGAGUUAUGCUCUAAAUUAGUUUUGUUUUCCGGGUUA